AUGCGUAAGAGCAAACAAAAGACUAAAGGUCUUGGCUUUUCUCAGCUGAUUCAUUCAAUAAGUCCGCUUUUUACGCUGAGAUAUUGGGUUGAUUACCUUCCAAUUUCUACACCAGCUCCUCGCGUUUCCAUUUCCGCUAAAAAUUUAGAAAGAAAUGCUCAACUAUUUAUUGAUGCAUUUGAGUCAGAAUCGGAGCUCGUCUCAAGUCAAUUUUCGAGUAUAGAUUAUGAUUGCUCGAGAUUCAGCGUUGUACCUCAUAAUGGACUUUCAAGUUCCUCAAAUCACUAUUCAUCUUCCCUAUUUAAAUCUCCGUCAAAUUCAGCACUACGGGUGAAGUACUGUGGUGACCUGCCCACUGGAUCUCCAAUCAAAUCAGCUCCAAAAAUUUUUGCCUUCGACGCGGAUCAGGGUCGCUUUGAAAGGUUUUCGUCUAUGGAUGAUGAAGCUCCAGAAAUUCUCAAUCCACUCGAUUUCUCACCUACAAGUCGACGUUAUCAACGUGUUCGUAAUCGUUGUGAGGAUUGGUUGGACAAAUAUUCUCAAUAUUAUGACCAACCGCCUCUUAGCGAUGCACCUUCCGAUGUCGAAGUGGAAUUAGAUACUCAAUUCUCCUCCGCCGUUAACCCGGACGACUCCGUGUCCCAAGUAGCCGCCAGAGAUGCAACCAAACAAUCAAAUUUCAAGAUCUCCCCUCCUGUUGGAAAUGCUGAUCGUGUAGCUGAGCUAGAAAGUCAAUUAGAAUUCCUUCGAGCUCAGUUGGCCGAGGUCAUCUACAAACAGACCAUGAUGGAGACGGAGAUUGAGUCCAAAAAGACUUACCCUUUGAAAGACAUGAAUGUAGAACCGUGUCACAGUUCUGUUUAUCGGGAAAUACAAAUCGCACCAACAGCAUCUGUGUCAACCGGACGUGUUCUUGAUAGUGUGCCGACUUAUUUUACAAAGUCCGAUGUCGGCAGUGACUCGGGGGUUAUGGAUGGAACCUGUUCGGCCAUUAUUUCUGCUACACUCCCAUCCUCACCGCCUCUCCAUUUAUCCAUAGGAAAGGGUGAUACUUCUUUUCCCCCACCACCACCGCCGCCACCACCACCACCUCCUCCCCCUCCACCACCACCUCCAAAUAUCGGGUGCGAUUGGAGGAGAAAACUACUGGAGAAGAGGGGCAUGAAUUCAGUGACGUUACCAGCACCCAAGUCACCGGCAGAUAUGUCUCAGGUCCUCAAAGAGCUCACAUCUGGAACUAUUAAACUCCGUGCCGUUCGAAGAUCGGUGGGUGGAACUCCUAUCAAACAGUCUACUCUGGAAUCGAAACGAUUGGAUCCUGCCGAGUUAAUUGGCCGUGCUCUCAAGGCCAAAUUCGCCAACGUUCGCUACGAGCUCGAGUCUCCUGACAAGUCUUUGGAAAGGGAUAAUCAGGGCGAAUUCUCACCGCCACCCCUCCCCGUUUUCAUAACCCCGGUGUUAAAAAAGGUCAAUCGGAACAAAGAAAAUGGUUUUGUCAGCGCCUUUCCAGGUAGAAGAUCCUCAUCCAAGUCUUCGGAAUCUAGGGUAGCCACAGCUCCUACUUUUGGUCGGCAUCUACUACGCCCGGUCAAUCGUGAAAGUCUGCCCCCCUCAAUAGCCACGGAAUUAAGUUUUGACGAUCCACACGCCCUAGUGUCCACUCCAGAACGCAGAUAA